GAGAGGUAUAGAUAGGUUUUAAAAGCAUUGGGGAGUGGUGAUUAGAUAUGAGAUGAAACACCUUUAGUUUAUUGAGGACACGAGUAAUUAGACUUGACAUGAUGCAUCUUCAACUAAGGGAAGCGAGACUGAAAUGGUUCGGGUAUGUGAAAAGGAGACGUGCACAUGUCCCAAUGAGGAAGUGUUAGAGGUUGGCUAUGGUGGUUUUAAGUCUUUAAGAAGAGGUAGAGGUAGACCAAAGAAGUAUUUAGGAGAAGUGAUUAGACAUGAUUUGACGCAUCUUACAGCUUACCAAGGAUAUGAACUUAUAUAGGAGGUUAUGGAGGUCGUGAAUUAGGUUAGAAAGUUAGUAAUUAGUCGAGUGUUGUCUCGCUUUCCUGCAGGAUAGACUUGGUGGUAGUUUGGUGCACCAUACCUAUUUCUCCAUUCAUACCAGCAGUAGUAUAUUAUUCUCGUAGUUUCUUGUCCUACGGUUUUUGUUACUCUCCCGUUAUUUUUUGUACUUCGAUAAUUGCAUUAUUUAGCUAUUGUUCAUCCUCUUCACUGCUGUAUUUUCUUUUCAAACUGCUUUUAUGUGCAUUACUUGAGCUGAGGGUCUUUCGGAAAUAGUUUGUCUACCUCCCCGAGUUAUGGGCAAGGUCUGUGUACACUCUACCCUCUCCGGACUCCACCUAUGGGAUUACACUGGUUAUGUUGUAAUAAGAUUCAAAAUGUGUGAAAUGACCCCAAUGAAUAUGUCAAAGACUCAAUCUCUCUUUGUUCCAUAAUUUGUGGUUGGCAAAAUCUCGGAAGAGAAGUGGCUUUGGUUAGUUAGUUAGUUAGUGUGGAAACUUGUUUAGUUUUUGAUGAAUGAAACCUCGUCUGUUUGCCUUUGAGUCUAGUGGUAAAAGAGUUUGGUUAGUGUGUUGUUGUGACAGAAGUUUCACAUUUUCUAGUCGACCUUCGUUCAGUAAUUUUCUUGGUCUUUGUUUGUGAGAUGAUACAACUGUUGCUUUAGAGUAUUUUCUUCUGAAAUUAAUAAAGAUAUAUUGUCCUUAUCACUGAAACCAGGUGUAGAUUUUCAGCCUAGACAUGGAUUUGAUUUUGUACUUGUUGUAUCACUGAACUUAUGUUAUAUUUGCUGGGGCAGUUGCUUCCGAACUAGGAACCCUCUCGACUACAUGAAGCCCUUGAGUAUUUAAGAAGUUGAAACUAUACAUAUGAAAUCUCUGCUUAGAUUUAAAAUGUCUUCAUGAAACUAGAUAGUAAGUGACUUACAUUCGAAAUAUCUCGAUGAGAAUAGAUCUUAAGUGAAUAUUGAAGCAUCCAUAUGAACUAAUUACAUGCUAUCAUGCCCAUUUGACACGGGAGUCUCAAGAGAAGAGUAAGUGUUGGAUAAUCAAGAGAAGCUAGUCUUACAGGUAUUUUAUCAUGAGAAGAUGAUAGAGGGUAGUCUUACAGGUAUUUUAUCACGAGAAGAUGAUAGAGGGUAAUCGUGAUUUGAUACAGGCUUGGUUCCCUAAUUCUUAAGAUGUACACUCUCCAGUCGUACUCCUUUCUAUAUUUCAAGGGAUGCCAUUUCUUUUUGUUAGUAGGGGUGAGAUGGUUAAUUUUUUUAUUUCAUUUCAAAGAAGAAAUAUACUCAAUUGUGUACAGUAAAGUGGGUUGAGAACCAUUAUGUCCCAUGUUCAAAUCUGCUGUCCCAAAAGUAAAAAAAAACGCAAGGUGAUUUAUUCCCAUUUACCCUAGCCUUGGUGGAUAGAGUUACCUAAUAUACAUUGUUGGUGGGAGUUGGCUGGUAUCUGGUGAAAUUGGUUGAGGUUUGUGAAAGUUGGCCCAAACACCACGAUUAUCAAAAAGAAAUGUACUCCAUUGUGUGUGAUGAAGUUCAAUUUGUGGAAAAUGAUAACAUUCAUGUCUAGAACUUGGCCUAUAACAUGCGUAGCAUGUUAAUGCAAGAUAAAACCAAUAAGAAAUGAGGUUAUUAUGUCCACAGUGUGUAAUGACAAGAAAAAGGCUUUGAAUGACUCAAUGCUAUUUCUCCUCUAGAUCAAGUUGAUAGCUAAAAAAGGUAUAGAGUGCUGAAAAAUGUGUAUUAUCUGUUUUAAUUACUUUUGAGUGCUUAGCAGUACGUACUUGAGAAUGCACCUGUAAUUUCUAUUCUUGCAUAAUCUUUCUCACUUAUCUUCUGAAUUUUACAUUCCCGAUCGAUGCGGACUCUAAUUUUUCGUCUGUUUGCUUCCUAGGUCAGACUGAUUUGUAGCUCAGCUUGUGGUAGUAGCAAUUUGCAAUGGCAGAUGGCCAAGAAAAUGACAAGAAUAUUGAAAUAUGGAAAAUGAAAAAGUUAAUCAAAGCUCUUGAAUCUGCAAGAGGAAAUGGUACCAGUAUGAUCUCUCUUAUUAUACCUCCUGGUGAUCAGAUAUCUAGGAUUACCAAGAUGUUGGCGGAAGAAUAUGGUACUGCGUCAAAUAUUAAGAGCAGAGUAAAUCGUCAGUCUGUCCUUGGUGCAAUAACGUCUGCCCAGCAGAGGCUUAAACUGUAUAAUAAGGUACCUCCCAAUGGUUUGGUCCUUUAUACUGGAACUAUAGUGACGGAAGAUGGGAAGGAAAAGAAGGUAACCUUUGACCUUACACCUUUUAAGCCCAUAAACGCAUCUCUGUACCUAUGUGACAACAAGUUUCACACGGGACCUUUGGGUGAACUGUUGGAAUCAGAUGAGAAGUUUGGUUUCAUCGUCAUGGAUGGUAAUGGCACUCUUUUUGGGACCUUAAGUGGCAACACUAGGGAAGUCCUUCAUAAAUUCACUGUUGACCUUCCCAAGAAGCAUGGUAGAGGAGGUCAAUCAGCUCUGCGAUUUGCUCGUCUUCGAAUGGAGAAACGUCAUAACUAUGUGAGGAAGACAGCUGAGCUUGCUACUCAGUUCUUCAUUAAUCCAGCCACUAGUCAGCCAAAUGUAUCUGGACUAAUACUUGCUGGGUCGGCUGAUUUCAAGACAGAGCUGAGCCAGUCUGAUAUGUUUGAUCCACGUCUACAGGCAAAGAUACUUAAUGUCGUUGAUGUGUCCUAUGGUGGGGAAAAUGGUUUCAGUCAGGCCAUUGAGCUAUCUGCUGAGAUUCUCUCAAAUGUGAAGUUUAUACAAGAAAAGCGCUUGAUAGGAAAAUUCUUUGAGGAAAUCAGUCAAGAUACUGGGAAGUAUGUAUUUGGUGUGGAUGACACAAUAAAAGCUCUAGAAAUGGGAGCUGUUGAAACCCUUGUUGUUUGGGAAAAUCUUGAUAUAAACCGAUCUGUGCUGAAAAAUAGUGUGACCAAUGAAAUUGUCAUUAAGCACCUAAACAAGGACCAAGAGACUGAUCAAAGCAACUUCAAGGAUGUAGCCACUUCAGCUGAAUUGGAGGUCCAGGACAAAAUGCCGCUAUUGGAGUGGUUUGCUAAUGAGUACAAAAACUUUGGUUGUUCACUUGAGUUUGUCACUAACAGGUCUCAAGAGGGGUCACAGUUCUGCCGAGGAUUUGGUGGUAUUGGGGGAAUCCUUCGCUACCAGCUUGACAUGCGUUCGUUUGAUGAGCCAUCAGAUGAAGGGGAACUUUUUGAAGAUUCUGAUUAAGCUUUAUUUCUGUCUCCUUAGCCCAGUUGAAGGAUAAAAAGAUGCAAUUUGUUGAAAGUUUUGAGGUUAUCUUAGCAACGAGUUUCCUGCUAUUGUCCUCAAUAUCAAUCACCAAGUCUUUGCUGUUGUUAAAAAUUGUUUGCUUUUCUUUCCUUCACAUGUGAAACAGGUUUCUUUUUGGAACUAUCUUCAGUUAGAAAGAUGAGUUCUUAAUUGUUUUACGAGCCUAUCUACUUUACCCUUGUGAGUUUGUUGUAGUUGUCUUGAACUAUGUCUUGUUUGUAAUGGGAUUUGAAUUGCCAGUCA